AUGGGAGCAGGUGUUAGGGUAAAGAAAAGGAGACGAGGGACAAUUAACGGUGUUGUUGUAGAUGCUUCUGCGGAUGAUGAAAUAUCAUCAAAUGAUGGUGAUGAUUGUGUCGGUGGUGGUGAUGUUAGGGAGGGAAAGGAAGGGUUGAUCGGACGCCAAACGAGUAGGACAACCAUCACCGCUUUAAUCGUCAUCGCCAUCGUUUUACAACCGUCAUCGGUGUCGUUGUGGAUUUCAGGCAGCAACAGAAGAAGGAAACAGUUGCAGUGGCAGCAGAAGGAAGGAGGAGGAAGAAUAACCGGAGAAUAA